CUCAGUUCGCUUUUGUUCUGUUUCUUUUUAUUAUUUGUUGUCGGAUACUUGUGUUAUUUUUGUUUUAAAUAAUGGACGAUAGAAAGGCAUUAAUUGCCGUAGAUGGCGAAACAAGUGCUGACGAAGAUCCAAUCCUGCUCCACAAGGAGGCAGGUCAAGCUCCCAAAGCUGUGCAGGAUUUCGGACGCUACCAAAGCGAAGAACCCUCAACUAGUGCCGCCGCAGGUAGAGUUGCGCCGCAUAUUUCGGGGAAUAACCUCUUAUUGGAUGAUGAUCAGCCGCCGCUAUUGGGCAACCCCUCAGUGCCACCCAAUAUUCCCACUAAUGGAAGUGCAGGCAGCUCGAAUAGGAAUAUCAACAGCAGCGAUCCCAUCUUCCACCUGAGAUCCCGCACAGCAGCCGCAUCCACUCCCAAUUACGAGAGCUUGGACUACGAAGUAUGCGAGAACACGCUCUUUCAGGAUGAGCAGCGAAAAAGGCUGACAGAACGCUUCUCCCUGCGGAAGGACAUCAUCAGAUGGAUUAUUUUUAUACAGAUCGGCAUUAUCACAGCACUCAUAGCUUGCACUAUAGAUAUUAUAAUCGAAGAGCUGUCGGAACGGAAGUACACCUUUCUCUACAAUUCUGUUAAGAAAAAUGUACCCCUCAGCGAUGCGAGCGAUGGAGAUCUGCUGAUUCCGUACCUCUACUGGCUCCUCUUCAGCAUUUUGCCCGUGGCCUUUGGAGCAGCCAUGGUCACCUACAUUGAGCCCAUAACCGCCGGCAGUGGUAUUCCACAGGUGAAGAGCUACCUGAACGGCGUCAAAAUACCGCGAAUCGUAAGGAUUAAAACGCUGGCUGUGAAGGCCAUCGGAGUAAUAACAUCAGUGGUGGGUGGUUUGGCCGGAGGAAAGGAGGGUCCAAUGAUACAUGCUGGAGCUGUGGUCGCCGCUGGAAUUUCACAGGGCAAAAGCACCACGUUUGUGAAGGAUUUCCGCAUAUUUAAGGCCUUUCGGGAUGAUCACGAGAAAAGAGAUUUCGUUCUUGGAGGCGGAGCCGCCGGAGUUUCAGCUGCUUUUGGAGCUCCCAUUGGAGGCAUGCUCUUUUCUUUGGAGGAAGCGGCCAGCUUUUGGAACCAGAAUCUCAUUUGGCGCACCUUGGUGGCCUCCAUUAUCAGCGUAUUCACCUUGAAUAUCGUCUUAUCUGCUUACCAUGGCCUAAACGAUUUCACGUUCACGGGUCUCUUUAAUUUGGGCAAGUUUGAUACGCCCCUGAAAUUCGACUACUUCGAGCUGCCCAUCUUCAUGUUACUGGGAGUAACUGGUGGAUUACUUGGAGCCGCCUGGAACUCUCUAAAUACCAAAAUCAAUAAAUUUCGGAAGCGCUUCAUUCCCUGGAAAAUCGGAAAGGUUCUCGAAGCUGUUGUAGUAGCAAUGAUGGGCGUAACUUUGGCUUGCCUGAUGAUCUACUUUAUCAACGAUUGUCGUCCACUGGGCAACGAUCCGACCAACAAUCCUGUACAGCUCUUCUGCGAGGACAACGAAUACAAUGCCGUGGCUGCCCUGUGGUUUCAAACGCCAGAGGCUACAGUCAGAUCCUUGUUCCACGAUCCUCCAGGAUCCCAUAAGAUCCUGACGCUAGCCCUAUUCACAGUUGUGUACUAUGUGUUAUCCUGUGCUACUUUUGGGCUCAAUGUCUCCUUGGGUGUCUUCAUCCCAACUGCUCUGGUCGGCGCAGCAUGGGGUCGUCUUUUAGCCAUGCUAACUUACUAUGUAUUUCCACAGGCGGAGUUCCUGCAUCCGGGUAAAUAUGCUCUAAUUGGAGCUGCAGCUAACUUGGGUGGAGUGCUUCGGAUGACCAUUAGCUUGUCGGUUAUUUUGAUGGAAACCACUGGCGUGGAGACUUCGUUCUUCUUUCCUCUUAUCAUUGCACUUAUCAGCGCCAAGUGGGUGGGUGACUACUUCAACGAGGGCAUCUAUGAUACACAGAUCCAAGUAAAUCAUGUGCCAAUGCUGACUUGGGAGCCAUUACCACAGUACAAGGGUCUGACAGCUCGCGAAAUUCUGAGUAGUCCCGUGGUCUGCAUCAAGCUCCGCGAUUCCGCUCAUUACAUAUACAAGAUGCUUAAGAAGUGCGACCAUAACGGAUUUCCCGUGGUCGAUGAUGUGCUCGGCGAUCGUCGAUCAGAGGGUCGCGUUUGUGGCAUCAUCUUGCGCUCGCAACUGAUAGUUAUCUUGCUCAAAUCCCUGUAUAUGGAAAACAAACAAUUCUGGCUGCCAGAAACCUCUAUUCAGACUUUCAGAGACGUCUAUCCGCGCUAUCCAUCAAUCAAGAGCGUUCGCAAGUUAGAUGAUAAAAUCAAUUACACUGUGGACCUAUCCAUGUUUAUGAAUCCAUCACCCAUUCGAGUCAAUCCGCACGAUUCGGUGCCUAGAAUUUUUCAGAUUUUCCGCGCUUUGGGAUUGCGUCAUUUGUUGGUUAUCAACAAUGAGAAUCGCAUUGCUGGCAUUAUAACGAGAAGGGAUUUUAUUUACAAAUAACUCUGCAUUCAAUGCAAUUUUACGAAUAUUUAUAAAAUGCCAAAAGUGGGUCUAAU